UCUCCCAGACUUACAGACAACUUCAGACUGAAAACUUUCAACAUGCUCGAUUUGUUGACAUUUCUCGUUGAAACGCUAUCUCUUCUUAACAACUACGAACUUUUUGAACUGAAAUGGACUGAAAAGGAAUCCGUGCGCAAAGAGCGCACGAUAAACGGUAACGCGCCGUUGUCUUUUCGGCGAGGGGACAUUUUAGAGGUGCCGAGAACUUUUUUAACACACUUCGGUAUCUACUUGGGUGAAAACAAAGUUGCGCACCUUAUACCAGAUAUAAUGCCUGUUCUAACCAAUGAUAAGUUGGUCAUCGAAAAAGUUAUCACGAAUAAGAGACUCAUUCUGGGUUGCUUGUACAAGUAUGCCACGGUGCGCGUGGAUACCGUUGAAGACUUCGCGUAUGGCUCCAAGAUAUUGGUGAAUCAUAUCGAUAGAAUGUUUAAGACGCAACAACUGCUCUCAAAUGAAGAGGUCGCAAAGAGGGCAGAACAACUCAUAGGCGCCAUCCCGUACAGUUUAUUAUGGAAUAACUGUGAACAUUUUGCUACAUACUGCAGAUACGGAUCACCGAAAAGCCAGCAAACAGAAAAGUUCUGUGAGGGCUUGAAAUUAGUCAUCAGAGAUCAAAGGAGUGUUUGUCUCAGCGUUCUUCUGGGAGCGAUCUACAUUCUCUGCUUUGGCAUGGCACCUACAACUACGUUACCCCAUAAUCUUACAUAAAUUUUCACUCUGUGGAUGGCCGGCUAGAAUCUUUAAACACUAUUCUGACAUUUCAAGCAGAAACCUUUCGGGAUGGCGAUCUGCAGUGGUGCUUGUAGACGGAAUUAAUGCACCCGCCACUCAGACACCUUGGGUGUGGCCUAGCGUAUGCCAUUGUUACAGCAAGAGCUACCACGUAAUUUAAUAUUUCCUAGCACAAGUGUUUCCCAAUCCUAAUCCCUGGACCCGAAGGGGUACAAGUUUUAGUUUUUUUUCCCUAGGACUCACAAACCU